CUUUGUAAAUCGUUUCGAUUACAUACUUUCUUUUAUGACAUUCAAUUGGAUAACAGAUAAAAGAAAAUUAUAUUCUAACAUCUUAAAAAUGCUGAAACCGAACGGUGGCUUCCUUGCCACUUAUGUAGUUGCUGGUAAAUUGGGUGAUAUCAUCAAAGAACUUCGUCAAAUUGAAAAAUAUGCACCUUAUUUCACAACCAAUUACCAGAAAAAACCAAACCUAACGUCGCAACAAGAAGAAUUAAGAAGCCUUUUGAAGGAUAUAGGAUUUGAAAGUGUCGUUUGUCAAGUAAAAACAGGUCGUUUUGAUGAUUAUACUAAGGAAGACCUGGAAGGUUUUCUCAUUUCAAUAAACCCCUUUAAAUUACCGAAUCAUUUACAAAAGGAAUUCAUAUCAGACCACAUCGAUCGAGCUGAUUCGGUCAUUGAUGCCAACGGCAUAAGAAAAUAUUACCUUGAUCACGACUUGUUUGUCAUACAUGGACGAAAAAGAAACUCAACAUAGGGGUAUUUCGCGUUGAAUUUGUUAAUUAAAACAAUCUAUCUAAAUACA